AUGAAGUCACCAUUUACCGAAACAACACCGGACGAGAACGACGUAGCAAACGAAGUACCGAAAGGAAAGAAAAAAGGUAAACACGAUAAACCAAAACCCUGGGACGACGAUCCUAACAUCGACCACUGGAAGGUCGAAAAAUUCGAUCCAUCAUGGAACGAAGGUGGAAUGCUUGAAGUAAGUUCGUUCUCCACUCUCUUCCCUCAAUAUCGCGAAAAGUAUCUCCAAGAAGCUUGGCCACUCGUUAAGUCCUCCCUCAAAGAAUUCGCUAUCUCUGCUGAACUUAACUUGGUUGAGGGUUCAAUGACAGUUUCAACUACAAGGAAAACUAAGGAUCCGUAUAUUAUUGUUAAAGCUAGGGAUCUUAUCAGGCUUCUAUCUCGGAGUGUUCCUGCUCCUCAGGCAAUAAAAAUACUUGACGAUGAAAUGCAAUGCGACAUCAUCAAAAUUAGCGGGAUGGUUCGCAAUAAGGAGCGAUUCGUGAAAAGAAGACAACAUCUUGUGGGUCCCAAUUCUUCUACUUUGAAGGCUCUUGAAAUACUCUCGGGCUGUUACAUUCUCGUCCAGGGAAACACUGUUUCUGUGAUGGGUUCAUACAAAGGUUUGAAGCAAGUUAGAAGGAUUGUUGAGGAAUGCAUGCUGAAUAAAAUGCACCCCGUCUACAACAUAAAGAUUCUUAUGAUGAAGAAGGAACUUGAAAAGGACCCGGCACUUGCCCAAGAGAACUGGGAUAGGUUUCUUCCUAAGUUUAACAAGAAAAAUGUAAAGCAAAAGAAGGUUAGUGCUAAAAAGAAGAAGCCGUAUACUCCAUUCCCUCCUCCUCAACAGCCUAGUAAGGUUGAUAUAGAACUAGAAACUGGAGAAUACUUUAUGAGUGACAAAAAGAAAUCGAAAAAGAAGUGGCAAGAGAGGCAGGAGAAGCAGGCUGAGAAAACCUCUGAAAGCAAAAGAAAACGAGAAGAAUCCUUUAUCCCACCCAAGGAAUCUGCAAAACCGGUGGAUAACUCUGAGGAUGCUAAUAAUAACGUAACUGAAAUGGCAAUGUCCUUAAAGGAAAAAACAAAGAAGUUUGGGAAGCGCAAAUCUGAAGAAAAUAUAAAUGCUGAGACAUAUAUUAUAGGAUCAUCAGAACAGCCAUCAAGAAAGAAAUCUAAGCAACAAAGGUCUUAG